AUGGCAUCUACGUCGGAUGUACACGGAUCCUCACCUGUUCCAAGCCUACCACAACCCCAUGAUACCGGUCGCGUACACAUGUCCUCCCUCUCUUCAUCUUCUUCCAUAUCCGACGCAGAAAGUGAACGAAGAGGCCGUUCUGAACGCCCUCGAAUGGCUAGUCGAAAGCCAAGUGCAUCAAUUCUAGUGCCUCGCGAUCAUCCAGAAAUCGAAAUCGAAGAGGAAGAAUUUCCGCCCGACGACGCUCGAGCCAUGAGUCCGCGUCGCAAUUCCGCUGAUCUGGAGCGCUUGGGCAAGGAGGCAAGACAGACCUUGCAGGAACAAGCAAAGGCACUUCAGUCCUCUCUCCAAGCUCUUGCAGAACGUAUUGAGGCGGUCAAGUCCGAUCAUGACAAACUCGAAAGCGAGAAUAAAUUCCUGCAAGACUAUAUCGGCGGACUUACUCGCAACAUGACCAAGGCCGAAUUGACGAGAUCGAGUACCAAAGUCAAGAGAUCGCAUAAAUAA